AUGUUAAGUUCUGACCUCUUUCCUCAUUGUAUUCAAUACCACGCACAAGUCUUUAAAUGUCUUUUAUCUCCUUACAAUCGUUUUGACGAGAACAACAAAGAACCAGUGAUUGCAAGUCUCAACUCACACGGAUCUUUGGAGUUACUGAAUUUAAAGUACGACGAAGAUUCAAAGAAAUAUAUUUUAGCAUCAAGUGAAGAGUUAUGCAAAUUAAGAAUGGAUUCGUUGACAUUAAAUAAUGAAAUUAAAAGUUUGAAUGGUCUCAAUGAAGUUGUUCGUGAUUUUACAUUCACUUAUUUCGAUUGGUGCCCAGAGAUUAUGAAUGGAACACGAUUUUUAGCAGCUCUAGAUAAAAACUCUAACAUUAACUUAUUUAACAUUCAAAACGGAAAAGUUAAUUUCUUGUUUGACGUGAAAAUGAAUGCUCGAAUUACUUACAUCAAAUGGAUCAUUGUAAAGACGCAGCAUUAUCUGAUAACUUCAUGUUCAAAAGGUGGUCUCAUCAUAUCCACAGUUGAAAUUGAAAACGACAAAAUAUUGAAAUGCGAAGUUCAUCGAAACAUACCAGGAAAGCUUCGAAUCUCAAUUUCUAAUGUUCAACAUGUUUACAGUCAUGAGAAGUUUAUUUUGUUGUGUAUCAAAGCUCAUUCAAUUGAAAUGUUCUUUCUUGAUGAUUUUGAAGUAACUUCAAUCACUAAAUAUAUUGGACUGAGUGUUACUGGCAUUUGUGAGAUUGGAAACUUUGAGUUUUUGAUCACAACAUUGGACAAUAAAGCUUUUUACAUGAAAAUCAAUGUUGAAAAUGAUAAAAUAAUCAUUGAAAAGUAUCUGGAAGUUAAACAGACGUCAAACUCUGAAGUUCAUUCCUCAAGUUUUGGUAUUUAUGGACUUGCAGCAUCAAACAACAAAGUUUUAUUCUUCACAGCUUUAUAUCCUCGAAUUGCUUACGAUCAUCUUGUGUUGAAACAACCGCUAGUUCUAUCCGUCAACACUUUAUCAAAUAGAAGUCCACAAGAGAUGUUAAUUAUUAACAAAAGUCGCAAUCUUUCAAGAUUUUAUGACUGCAUUGAAGCUGUUCGAUUUGUUGGAGGUUUGAAGCUUGAUUACCUGUCGAUGUUAGAAAAUCGAGAUUAUGAAAUUGCUCUUAAUGACGAAUUUCUUUAUUAUCUUAAACUUCAACUUAUUGUUGUAAGAUCGAAGCUUUGGUAUUAUCAAACACGCUCUUCGAUCAUUUAUUCCAUCAUCAUUGACACAGAACGAUCAAUUAAAAAGAUUAUCGAUGUUUUGAGAGCAUUUCAUUUAUUAAAUUCGCUUUUAUCGAAGAAAAAAAUAAGUUCAGAGGAAACUAAACUUUCAAUGCAAUGUUUGAUUAAUUUCAUUGACAUUUAUUUGAAGGAAGAAAUUAAAAAAGAACCUUUCAAAGCAGCUCAGGAAACGUUCCGAAAUGAUCUUGAAAACUUGCAGCAAAAGUGCAACUCGUUGAAAUUAAGUAAAUUAGUUGAAAGCUGUUUAUAUUGCUCGCAACCAAUUUUAGAAAAUCAAUUAACAUGCACGUCCAAUCACAUUCUUAAUCGAUGCGCCAUAACGAAACUUCAAAUUCCUUUCGAAAUGAACAACAUUUGUCUGGCUUGUGAUUGCGUUGUCAUUGAGAAAUCAACAAUUGAUAAGAAUUAA